CGACGACUGUGGUCUUUGGCUGGAAAUCGAACCUGCGGGUGCUAAUCACCCGGCCACAACUUGUAGUACCGCAUCGGGAUUCUCAGUGGAAUGGCGAACAUCUCGAGGCUUUCGGUGUCAUCGUUGUUGCUGCUGUUGUUGGCAGCCGCGAAUCAAGCAGCAAAUGUGUACGAUAAUUGUUCGGAUGGAGCUGGUGUGCGCGGAAUUUGCGUCCCGUUGAAGUCUUGCGAUCCGAUUUCUGCCCUGCUAAGGCGCGGUGGUUUCACCAACGAUGAACGAGAGUAUUUGGUCAAGUCAAACUGCGGCACGAACGAGGAUGGACGGAUGGUUUGUUGCCCGUUGCCGAGGAUGUUGAAGGCUCGCUUUUCGUCACCGGCCUCCCUGCCCCCGGUUGGGGUGUGUGGAAAGGCCACCGGUGAUAGGAUCGUCGGAGGAGAUAUUGCCCAGCUGGAUGACUAUCCGUGGCUGGCGAGGAUCCAGUACUAUAAGCCCAACAGACGCUUUGGAUUCCACUGUGGAGGAGUACUGAUCAACGAGCGUUACGUUCUCUCCGCUGCGCACUGUAUUCAAAGCGUUCCAUCGUCCUGGACCCUCUACAAGAUCCGUUUGGGUGAGUACGACACCGUUACCGACACGGAUUGCAGCUUCUAUGAUGAGAAGGAUUGUGCCGAUACGCAGAAAGACUAUCUAAUUGCAUCGUUCUACAUCCACGAGGACUACUUCCAGGAGAACGGUGCUGACUACAACGACAUCGCGCUGAUUCGUCUGGCUGUCCCGGUUACCUUCACUCCGUUUAUCCAGCCAAUCUGUCUACCAACCACCCAGGAUCAGCAGAAAGCGGCUACGGCUCCGGCCAGGAUGAUUGUAGCCGGAUGGGGUCAAACGGAGACCAAGAGCGCUAGUCAAUACAAGAUGUACCUAGAUAUUCCGGGGUGGAGCAACGAUCAGUGCAAGGAAGCAUUCUCUUCGGUUAGCGUGGACAUCAUUGAUACUCAACUGUGCGCCGGAGGCGAGAAAGGAAAGGACUCCUGUCGAGGGGACUCGGGUGGACCACUGAUGAAGCUGGAACAAUUAGGUGGACAAUCGGCUUGGUUCCUGAAGGGCAUCGUGAGCUUCGGGACGGAGAAAUGUGGAACGGAGAACGUACCUGGAGUGUAUACUAGAAUUAGCGAGUUCAUGGAUUGGAUUCUGGAAAAUAUAGAUGAGUAGACGGCUGG